UCCACUGUGUCUCUCUUCCACUGUGCCACUGUGUCUCUGUUCCACUGUGUCUCUGUUCCAUUGUCUCUGUUCCACUGUGCCUCUGUUCCACUGUACCACUCAGCCUCUGUUCCACUGUGUCUCUGUUCCACUGUGCCUCUGUUCCUCUGUUCCACUGUGCCACUGUGCCUCUUUUCCACUCUGCCACUGUUCCACCGUGUCUCUGUUCCACUGUGUCUCUGUUCCACUGUGCCAAGGUUCCUCAGUGUCUCUGGUCCACUGUGCCUCUGGUCCACUGUGCCUCUGUUCCACUGUGCCAUUGUUCCACUGUGCCUCUGUUCCACUGUGCCAUUGUUCCACUGUGCCUCUGUUCCACUGUGCCGCUGUUCUACUGUACUUCUGUUUCACUGUGUCUCUGUUCCACUGUGCCAAGGUUCCACUGUGUCUCUGGUCCACUGUGCCUCUGGUCCACUGUGCCAUUUUCCACGUUCCACUGUGCCUCUGUUCCUCUCUGCCUCUGUUCCACUGUGCCGCUGUUCCACUGUACUUCUGUUCCACUGUGUCUCUGUUCCACUGUGCCAAUGUUCCACUGUUUUUGUUCCACUGUGCGUCUGUUCCACUAUGCCUGUUUCACUGUGCUGCUGUUCCACUGUGCCUCUUUUCCACUGUACCACUGAGUCACUGUUCCACUGUUCCACUGUUCCACUGUGCGACUGUUUCGCUGCUCCAUCGUGCCACUGUUCCACUGUGCCUCUGUUCCACUGUGUCUCUGUUCCACUGUGUCUCUGUUCCACUGUGCCACUGUUCUACUGUGCCUCUGUUCCACUGUGCCUUUGUUCCACUUUGUCUCUGUUCCACUGAG